UCUGUUUGAAAGUGGCCUCACAAAGGCAGCCAUGUUUCGCUAGGAGCGAGUUAGAUCGUCGAGAACGGGGAUUUUACGAUUGCCAUGAAUCGAAGACGGUAAGGUAUUGAGCUGACCUACACCACACUCGGAUAUAUUCGAGAUUACCCGUAUACGACAGUGUGCUUUCAAAUAUGGGGAAGUUCCGAUCUUUGAAGAAACUGUUGUUAGAAGUCCUGCUCGUAUGUUGUAUGCUGCAACAUGGAGGCCGAGUUGACUGUCAGCAAUCUCAGUACACAAGGAUCACAGACCAGGCCUUGGCGCCUCACGGCAAGUGCGAACCUAUCACUAUACCUCUCUGCAAAGACAUUCAGUAUAAUGAAACUAUUAUGCCGAACUUGUUAAACCAUCAAAAACAGGACGAUGCAGGCCUAGAAGUUCACCAGUUCUUCCCUCUCGUCAAAGUUCAGUGCAGCCAGCAGCUGAAAUUCUUUUUGUGUACAAUGUACGUUCCGGUGUGUACGGUUCUGGAGGACGCUAUACCCCCGUGUCAGUCCCUGUGCAACCAGGCAAGGACUGGAUGUGAAAGCCUCAUGAACAAAUUCGGAUUUCAGUGGCCCGAGAGUUUGAAGUGCGAGAAAUUCCCAACCUCGGGUCUGUGUGUAGGAGAAAAUAACACCGAACCAGAACAAACCUCAAAACCUACUCCGACGGGCACCGACUACCCGAUUCAUCCUGGCGGGGGAGGAUUGCAUUCGUCAGGGAAGAAGAAUGAUAAUGUCACAAGAGAUCUGGGAUUCCGUUGCCCCUUGACUCUGAAAGUACCAAAAGGGUUCGAUUACAGGUUAAAAGUCGGCACACAGCCGCCUGAGCGGGAUUGCGGGGCCCCUUGUCAUGAUAUGUUCUUCAAACCUGACAAUCGGGAAUUUGCAAGAUGGUGGAUUGGAGUCUGGUCGUGUAUUUGUCUUGCCUCAACACUCUUCACGGUGCUGACAUUUCUCAUUGACAUGCAGAGAUUCCGGUAUCCAGAGAGGCCUAUCAUUUUCCUCUCGGGCUGCUAUUUCAUGGUAGCCCUGGCUUAUGUUGUAGGCUUUGCUCUGAGGGAGAAAGUGUCUUGUAAUGAACCUUUUGAUCCACCUAAUGAUGAAGCAUCUUUGAAAAUGGAACCAAUAAUCACCCAGGGAACGAAGAAAGAAGGUUGCACAAUUCUGUUCAUGAUGUUGUAUUUCUUCAGCAUGGCAAGUUCAAUUUGGUGGGUAAUUCUCACACUCACCUGGUUUCUUGCAGCUGGAAUGAAAUGGGGACACGAGGCAAUUGAAGCAAACUCUCAGUACUUUCAUCUUGCAGCAUGGGCUGUACCAGCCAUCAAGACCAUUGCCAUUUUGGCCAUGGGGCAAGUGGACGGCGAUGUCCUCAGCGGUGUGUGUUUCACGGGCAUAUUUGAUGUGGAUGCUCUCAGAGGAUUUGUGCUAGCACCUCUUGUUGUGUACUUAAUAAUUGGAACAUCUUUCCUCCUAGCUGGAUUUGUAUCUCUCUUCCGUAUUCGUACCAUCAUGAAGAGUGACGGCACCAAGACUGACAAGCUUGAAAAGCUCAUGGUGCGAAUUGGAAUAUUUUCAGUUCUGUACACUGUGCCAGCAACAAUUGUAAUAGCGUGCUACUUCUACGAACAAUCCUUCAGGGACCAAUGGAUGGUGACUUGGCAUGCUGGUGUGUGUGAAAAGUAUAAGUUUCCGUGUCCAUAUGGAGUCACUUCCAAACCAUGGCCAGAUUUUAAUGUAUUCAUGAUCAAAUACCUCAUGACCGUGAUAGUUGGGAUUACAUCAGGGGUGUGGAUCUGGACUGGUAAGACCUUCCUUUCAUGGAAACAGUUCUAUUGCAAAAUCUUUUCACCCAGAACAAAUGAAUCCGUAGUGUGAUGUUCUAGCCAAAAACCAAAUGGUGAAAGACAAUAAAAGGACGGGGCUAUUCCUGUUUUGACAGAGGCUGGGCAGUUGGGAGGCUGGGUAUGUGAUGGAUGUGGUGCAGUGAUGCAGUGCAUUUCAGGCCUCCCAACAUGGAGAGAGGAACAAUGAAUCAGUGCUUACAAGUGAUAAUGAAUGAGUGGAUCUAUAGAACAUUUCCAUGAUCCCUCAUUGUUAAACAGUGCUCAGCCUGAACUUAAACGUUAGCGUCCAAAAUGGUGCCAUUCACAUGACGGGUCAAUUAGACAAUUUUAAAGAUUUUGGACAUCUUGCAAAAUCAACAUACUUUUGACAUGCAAGACGAGUAUUUAUGUCCUCCAUCCCAGCAUUCUGGGAAUCUUGAACAAAUGUGGAUGUGAAUUAAACAGUAUUUAUGUAUUAUACAAGUGUGAAUCUUGAAGAUUCCCCUAGAACACCAAAGCUUAGCCUUGUCUGUGAACAAGCUGAAUGCUAGCUGAAUCAAGGAUUUGAAGAGGUUUUUCUCGACUGUAUAUCUGUGAUUGGUUGUUUUUAACAAUGCAAAAUUGCUCGGAAUUCUAAAUUAAAUUCAGACAGUUCACAUUAGUGACGAAUCAAGAGUUGUGCACAAAUCCUAUGCUUUACUGUAGAAUUUACAUUGUGUAAGGUUGUGUAGGCAAAGUACUUUAAAUGAUCAAAUUGUGGAUUUUAGUUACCAUGGAAACUACCAUUAUUCGAAAAGGAUGGUCACAUAAAGUGUGGUUGGAGAGUGAGUGGAGAGAUACUGUCUUUCUCUCAUGUAAAUAUAUUUUGUAAGAACCACAUUUCUAUACUUCCCCCUGUAGCUAUAUGCUUGUUAAGUUUGUGUACAUGUGUAUGUAGAAUGAGGAAAGUAGUGUUUUUUAGUUCAAAAUUUGCCAAUUAAAAUUUGUAGUAAUUCUAACAAUGUUUUAUAGUUUUGUUUUUAGGUCAAACUGAAAAUCAGUUCUCUGGUUUACUCUGAUAUAAAUGCAUGUUAUUAAGUUAUAAAAACAUCCAUAGUAUACUGUAUAUUGUAUAGUGGAUAAUGAAAAUACUUUAAAUAGUUACACUGGUAUUCCUGGAACAUAUAAUUGCAGAGUUAAAGUGUCUUUUUUUAAAGAAAAAAAGUAAAGGAAAAUCUUUAUUUUAUGAAAGCAUUGUCAUUUAACUUUUUAUAAAAUUAUUUGAUAAGGUUUUAUUGGCUUGAUACUGUGUUUGAAGAAGUCCACGAAUGAUUCAUAGCAGAACUAUUUUCAAUUGACAGGCAGUUAGGAGAAACAAAACUUCAAAUAAGAAAUAUGCCCCUUACUGAACCCAGACAGGAGAGGCUGGGAUGUUAUGUUUUAUGUUGAAUGGACCAAAGAUGGAAUUAUUUUGUUUUAUUGUAAUCUUACAGUUUAAAUCUAGUUGGCAUUUACAAUGAACAAUUAUGAUGCUGUGUUAAUAAUUUACUAGAGCACUUUGAGGAACAAUAUUUUGACUCCCAUUUUUAUGGAUAUUGAAUUGUUUGGACAUCUUUACUAGCAUUUUUCUGAAAUGAUGGUUCAUUGGUCUCUUUCGACAGGAAAGUGAGCAUGAAAUUAUCAAAUAUUCAUUUCUGACAACUGAAUGUGAUAAUGGCAAUUAGUUCAUACAGAUUUUUAGUCUCCUUAACACAUGCAUUAUUUUUUAUGCUAUUUGAUGUUAUUCCCUAUAUGCAUAUUUCCAAUGGAAAUUAAAUCUGUCAAAAAGCAUUUGUAAGUUUACCAUGAUUCAUUUGCAAACUGCUGUUGGCAGAUCAAGAAAAAAGUUUGUAUUUAAAAAUAAAGCUUUUUUAAACUGAAA